CUAAUGCGCAUGCGCAGUGGACUCUGCUAGUAAACAAGUGGCCCAUUCUCUUUGUGGUGGAUUGUAUUUUUAGCUUAGACCAGCAAUGGGACUUUUACCUCCAAAUUACUCCAUGUUCUCAUCUUUGGCUCUUUCGGUUGUUACGAUAGCUGUCAUGCAGAUGUUUAAAGAUCAAAUUGCUGUUGAGGGUAAUCUGAUACGUUUAGCUAUAGGAGGGUUUGCUGGUUCCUGGGUAUUUGUGUUUUUAGUUACUGCUUUGGGUAAUUUCUAUUCAUUAAUGUUUCCCCGCAAUCCUCAAGUUAACCUUUUCCCAGAGAUUAUAGUUAUUCUGUUCAUGGCCGUCAUUGCUUCUGCUAUGGUACACAGGAUCUGUGCUACAACAUGUUUAAUCUUUUCUCUUGUUGCCCUGUAUUAUUUAAAUAAAAUAACUCAAACUUCAUCUGGACCAACUGCUUCAGGAUCUUAUGUUGCUACCUCACAAGGAGUUGGGCGUGGCAAGCCCAACCCACAAACACCGAAAUCUCAAAACAAAAAGCAAAAACGAUGAUUUAACAAUAAUAAUAAUAAUUGAAUGCCUAAAAAUAGUUUGUUAUUAUUAUUAUUAUU